GUAGUUUGGUUCACUGAGUAUAAUCAAAAGAAAUUUCAGAUCCUCGGCGGACAGUGAUAUCGAAUUUCGACGCUAAAGACUCUCCCGGUAGCAAAUCUUUGGGGUUUUGAUUUCCAUGGCUGCCCACACAAAUCUCGAUGAUGAUGAUGAUUUCGGAGGCCAUUUUCCUGGAACUCACAAUACCAGGCGUUCAGCUGAUAAGAGAAGCUUUGGGGAUCUCGAGGACGACGAAGAUGAUGUUUUUGGUUCAAAAAAGAUUAAAACAAAGUUAGAAGAAACUGCUCCUGGUGUAGCAACAGGGAUGAUUUUGUCACUUCGUGAGAGUCUUCAAAACAGUAAGGAUGAGCUCGCAACAUUCCAAGCGGACCUUGAAGCUGCAAAAAUUGAGAUCCAAAUGUGGCAUUCUUCAUUUCUUAACGAAUCCUUUAUACCUGCUGGGAUUUCCCCUGAACCUAAAUUUGUGAUCGAUUAUCUUCAGACUCUAAAAUCAUCCGAGGAGUCAUUAAGAGAACAGCUAGAGAAGGCAAAGAAAAAGGAAGCUGCUUUCAUUGUAACAUUUGCAAAACGGGAGCAGGAAAUAGCAGAGUUAAGGUCUGCUGUCAGGGAAUUAAAAGCGCAACUGAAGCCACCAUCAAUGCAGGCUAGGAGGUUACUACUAGAUCCAGCUAUUCAUGAAGAGUUUACACGUUUAAAGAACUUGGUUGAGGAGAAGGAGAAAGAGUUGAAGGAGAAACAGGAUACCAUUUCUGCACUCAGUUUCACUCCACAAAGCAAGAUGGGUAAGAUGCUGAUGGCUAAAUGUAGGACACUGCAAGAGGAAAAUGAGGAGAUUGGAAAUCUGGCUUCUGAAGGAAAGAUGCAUGAAUUAUCAAUGCAACUUGCUUUGCAGAAAUCACAGAAUGCAGAACUCAGAAGUCAAUUUGAAGGACUGCACAAACAUAUGGAGGGGUUGACAAAUGAUGUGGAAAGAUCGAAUGAAAUGGUGCUCAUCUUGCAGGAGAAUCUGAAAGAAAAAGAUGGAGAUAUUGAAAGGCUGAAGCAAGAGCUUCACCAGAAGAGCCAAAUCGGCCAAAUCGAGGAUGAAAAAACCGAUUCAGAUUCAAACAAGAAAGCUAUAGAUGAGACAAUGAUAUCUGAGGACGCCGGCAACUGAGAUCUUCAUUGCAAUUUUGUAUGAUUAAAUCAAUUUUCUCCUCUUCUCCAAGUGGUUUGUACAUUAAAACUAAACUGUUUUAAAGUUAAAGAGAACGAGGGAAAAAGCUCAUUCUGAACCUA